GUCGCCCACGGCAGGAGUGGGCCCCGCAGAGCUUCUGUGGACCCUUGACCCGCCACCCUCAGGUGGAAGCCAUCAGGCUGAGCUGGAUAAGCCAGCCUCUCCCCACCUCUGCCAUUCAAGUCAGUGCCAUUGCUGACUGGAGAGAUCCCAGAGAUAACUGUGAAAUGCCUGUCACUGUUCUCAGCUUUGUUUAUGUAGGCUGCAGAGCCAAGAGAGCAAAUACUGCACAUCCGGGAGCCUCCCCAAGGCCGGCCCUGGGCCUUCCCCCAGGAAGAGCCCCACGGCCAGCUCCUUCCUGUUCCCCUGGUGGCCCCUCGCUCCUUCCUUCUGGAUGGGGGCCCAGGGGGCCCAGGAGAGUAUAAAGGUGAUGUGGAGGGUGCCCGGCACAACCAGACGCCCAGUCACAGGCGAGAGCCCUGGGAUGCACCAGCCAGAGGCCAUGCUGCUGCUGCUCACGCUUGCCCUCCUGGGGGGCCCCACCUGGGCUGGGAAGAUGUAUGGCCCUGGAGGAGGCAAGUAUUUCAGCACCACUGAAGACUACGACCAUGAAAUCACAGGGCUGCGGGUGUCUGUAGGUCUUCUCCUGGUGAAAAGUGUCCAGGUGAAACUUGGAGACUCCUGGGACGUGAAACUGGGAGCCUUAGGUGGGAAUACCCAGGAAGUCACCCUGCAGCCAGGCGAAUACAUCACAAAAGUCUUUGUCGCCUUCCAAGCUUUCCUCCGGGGUAUGCUCAUGUACACCAGCAAGGACCGCUAUUUCUAUUUUGGGAAGCUUGAUGGCCAGAUCUCCUCUGCCUACCCCAGCCAAGAGGGGCAGGUGCUGGUGGGCAUCUAUGGCCAGUAUCAACUCCUUGGCAUCAAGAGCAUUGGCUUUGAAUGGAAUUAUCCACUAGAGGAGCCGACCACUGAGCCACCAGUUAAUCUCACAUACUCAACAAACUCACCCGUGGGUCGCUAGGGUGGGGUAUGGGGCCAUCCGAGCUGAGGCCAUCUGGGUGGUGGUGGCUGAUGGUACUGGAGUAACUGAGUCGGGACGCUGAAUCUGAAUCCACCAAUAAAUAAAGCUUCUGCA